AUGGGGGCAUUAUCAAAAUUCAGACCUGGAUUCCGUCGAAAGGCUACCGAGGAUAUAAUCAAUGAAAGUUCAGAAGUAGCUAUGGCUGAUAUGUCAUCUUCAAACGAAAAAAAUCCUGCAAAGCCCGCAGUCACUGGUGCCGACGAUGCUAUUUCUCCAAGCAGUGCCAAUGACCUACCAAUCUCAGAGCAAGCCGAAAAAGAUGCUCUGCCAACCGAAACUGCACAACGUGGUGUUCAAGAAGUCGAAGCAGUGGCUUUAACAUGGACCAAACCAAUGCUCAUCGCCGUUUUCCUAAACAUGUGGUUGCUUUACUUUGUUAAUGCCAUGCAAUCUUCAAUUUGUUACAAUCUUAUUCCAUUCGCCACGAGUGCUUUCGAAUCGCAUUCUUUGAUUACCGUUAUUAAUAUCGUUGCGAAUGCUAUGACAGCCGCCAUUUACAUUCCACUUGCGAAGAUGUUGGAUCUUUGGGGUCGUGCUGAAGGAUUCCUUCUCAUGGUAUUAUUCUCUACCAUUGGAUUGAUCAUGAUGGCGGCUUGCAAUGGUAUUGCUACCUUUUGUGCUGCACAGGUCUUUUACUCCAUUGGAUUUGGUGGUUUGAUCUACAGUAUUGACGUCAUCACUGCCGAUGUUUCGAAAUUAAAGAAUCGAGGUCUUGCAUACGCCUUCACUUCUUCACCAUACAUUAUUACAGCAUUUGCUGGACCAAAGGUCUCUGAUGAUUACUACUAUAACAUCAGCUGGAGAUGGGGAUUCGGUACCUUUGCUAUCAUCUUACCAUUUGUAGCAGCACCAUUAUACUUUAUUUUGAAGACAAAUCUCAAAAAGGCAAAGAACACAGGUGUUUUGAUUAGAGAGAGCAGUGGCCGAACCCUUACAGAGAACAUCUGGCAUUACUUUGUAGAAUUUGAUGCUUUUGGUGUUGUUCUCUUUGCUGGAGGUUUCACCGUGUUUUUGUUGCCAUUCACACUUGCUGACACUGCACCAAAUGGUUGGCAAACGGAUUAUAUCAUUGCUAUGAUUGUUGUUGGAUUUGUGGUCCUCGUUAUCUUUGCGCUUUACGAAACCUACCUUGCCAGGACUCCUUUCUUGGACGUUAACCUUUUAGCAAACCGAACUGUCAUUGGCGCUUGUCUGCUUGAUUUGACAUAUCAAAUCUCUUACUACUGCUGGAACAGUUACUUCACAUCUUUUCUGCAAGUUGUCAACAACUUGACUAUAGCAGAGGCUGGUUAUGUGAGCGACACUUUUGAUGUUGUUUCUGGUAUCCUCCUUCUGGGAGUCGGUGUAUUGAUUCGCAAGACCGGAUACUUCAAGUGGCUUUUGUAUAUUGCGGUUCCACUUUACGUCUUCGCUCAAGGUCUCAUGAUUUACUUCCGUCAACCCAAUCAAAGCAUCGGUUACAUUGUCAUGUGUCAAAUUUUCAUCUCUAUUGGUGGAAGUGUUUUCAUCAUCGUCGAACAACUCGCUGUUCUCGCCGCUUCUGACCAUCAACACGUUGCUGCCAUUCUUGCGUUGCUUUAUGUUGUUGGAAAUAUCGGUGGUGCCAUUGGAAACGCUAUUUGUGGUGCUAUCUGGACCAACACAUUCCCACAGGCUCUGGAGAGAUAUCUUCCUGAAUCGGCUAUGGCAGAUUUCGAUAACAUCUAUGGUGAUCUCUCCACUCAACUCACUUAUCCAUUGGGAAGCGAGACUAGAAUCGCUAUUCAACACGCAUAUGGAUAUGCACAAGAGAGAAUGCUUAUUGCAGGAACUGUCAUUAUUGCUUUGGCAUUUGUCUGGGUUAUGAUGAUUAAGAAUAUCAAUGUCGCCCAAAAGACACAAGUCAAGGGUACAGUAUUCUAAGUAUGGAAAAUAGUUUGGAUUUUUACAGACGUAUAUUAUCAAAUGCCAUGUGGUAAUUCACUAGAUUUACCGCUCUUCUCUUGACCCUUGGCAGGUCCUCGUAAUUAACAUGUCAUAAUAUCAAAAGUUUUUGGAUACCCUGCAA